AUGCCUGAUAAGAGAAGAAGAGAUGAGAGUCCUCUUGUGAGACAGGACUCGACAAAGCAGCCUACGAGCUCGGUUCUUAAGAAUACUGCAGAGGUUUCUUUCCCCAGAGGUGGUGGAUCUGCACUAACUCCAUUGGAGUUGAAGAAGGUGGCAAACGAAGCCGCUAGCGAAGUUCUGUUCGGUGAUAACGGUGGUGAUUCAGAGGAAGUGAGUAGCAGACCCGCCAAAAAGAAGAAGACGACUACGAAACCUCAAGCGACUAGCGCUGAAGGAACCAAUGCUGUUGCUGCUGCUGCUGCCGAUGAUGAAACUUUCAACGUAGUAGAACAUAUGAGUUUCAAGACUUUAAAGCCUAAUUCAUACCUUUUGGGUCAAGUAUCUUCGAUUAAUAAGAAUGAUCUAACAGUUUCGUUCACAGAUGGUAUUUCAGGAUUCGUUACAAUGACCCACAUUUCAGAACAAUUUACAUCCAUCUUGGAACAGUUAGAUGAUAAAAUGGAUGCUAGUGAUCAUGAAGAAGAUAGUGAUCACGAUCAUUCAGACGACGAAGAUGAAGCAGAAGCUCGAAAAUCAAAGGAACUACCAGAUUUGAACCAAUACUUUCAAUUGGGACAAUGGUUAAGAUGUCGCGUUACUAUAAAUUCCGCCAUGGAUUCUGGAAGGAAGAAGAAAGACAAGAAAAGAAUAGAAUUGUCAUUGGAACCUUCUGAAGUCAACAGUUUUAGUGAAGAAGAUUUGGAUAAAUAUUCUGCGGUCCAAUGUUCAGUUAAAAGUAUGGAAGACCAUGGUGCUAUUUUAGAUUUAGGUAUCGAGGGCCUAACUGGAUUCGUCUCUAAGAAGGAUAUACCGCAAGGUUGGCAGUGUUUACCAGGAUCUGUGUUCUUAGCAAAUGUUGUCAAGAAAUCAAGUAGAACUGUUAAUGUUAAUUUUGAUUUUAGAUCUAAGAGUAACAAGAUAACACAGAUUUCUUCGAUAGAUGUGGUAGUUCCAGGUCAAGUGGUCGAUUUCAUGUGCCAAAAGAUCACAGAACAAGGUGUUCUUGGUAAGGUCUUUGGUAUGUUACCAGGAUUUUUGGGAAUAAAUCAAUCACGUAUUUUCAAGCAAGAGGCUCUAAGGCACACUUUUGCCAUUGGUUCCAAUAUCAAGUGUCGUAUCAUUGCUCAAUUGCCAUCUAAAUCAGAUGAAAAGACUCUAAUUUUAUCGAUUCUACCUAACAUCUUGUCUUUAGAAUCUAAAUGGUCUAAAGAUGAAGCUCUAGAUGCGUUCCCAGUCGGUCACAUUUGUCAAAAUUGUGAAGUUUUAGGUCGCGAUUCUGAAUAUAUUUAUUUGGCAUUAGACGAUGAGAGGUUCGGUCAAGUGCACUUAUCCAAGGCAGGUGAACUAGUGGAAUCCUCAAAAAAUAGAUCCGACGCUAGAGUGCUCGGCUACAAUGGUGUCGAUAAACUGUAUCAAUUAGGUACCGAUCCAAAACUUUUAGAACUAAGAUAUCUGAGGGCAGAAGACAUACCGGCAGGUGAAUUAGUUACUGGUUGUGAAAUUGUUACUGUCUCGUCCAAGGGUAUAGAGUUGAGACUAUUUGGCAGUCAAUUUAAGGCAUUUGUACCACUUCUCCAUAUCUCUGAUAUUAGACUGGUGUAUCCUGAAAGAAAGUUCAAAAUUGGCUCAAAAGUCAAGUGUAGAGUUUUGAGUGUCGAUGCCAGAGGCCGCAUUUUUGCGACUUUAAAGAAAUCUCUAGUUGGUCUUGAUGAAGAAAAUACAAAAGUUAUCAGCUCCUAUGAUUCAGCUAAUGCAUUGAAAAGUGCUAAUGAAGUUACUAUAGCUACAGUGCAACAAUUCCAUACUAAAGGUUGUUUCUUAACCUUCUUUGGUAAGUUAAAGGGAUUUUUACCUAAUGCUGAAAUAUCAGAAGUUUUCGUAAGAAGACCUCAAGAUCAUCUAAGAUUAGGCCAAACAGUAUCAGUCAAAUUAAUCGAAGUAGAUGAAGAAAGAUCCAGGAUCAUCGCAACUUGUAAAAUUUCCAACGAUCUUGCUGCACAACAGAAGGAAUCCAUUGAAGAAAUGAUUCCUGGUAGAACUUUGGUUGAUGUUACUGUUGCAGAGAAGACUAAAGAUUCUUUGGUGGUCGAACUGAAAGACCUAAGUUUACGUGGUGUGAUAUACGUUGGUCAUCUUUCAGAUGCUAGAAUCGAACAAAACAGAGCCUCUUUGAAAAAAAUCAAGAUUGGUUCUGAACUGAAGGGUUUGGUUAUCGAUAAGGAUGUUAGGACCCAUGUCUUCAAUAUGUCAUUGAAGGAAUCUCUCAUCAAGGACGCUAAGGAAGAUUUAUUACCUAUCAACUAUCAAGAUGUUAAAUCCAAGGUACCCACGACCCCAAUGCAUGGUUACAUCAAAUCAAUCUCUGAGAAGGGUCUCUUUGUGGCAUUUAAUGGUAAGUUUGUGGGUUUGGUACUCCCAAGUUAUGCAGUGGAAAGCAGAGAUGUUGACAUUAGCAAAACAUUUUAUGUGAAUCAAUCUGUGACAGCAUACUUGUUAAGAACAGAUGACGAACAUGAAAGAUUUUUGUUGUCAUUGAAAGAACCAAAGAAUGCUUCGAAUGGCAAGAAAUCCGAUGCUGAGAUCGUUAAUCCUGUAGAUGAAAAUAUCAAAACUUCAGAAGAUUUUACCUUGGGUAGGAUUGUCAAAGGUAAGGUUAAAGCUGUUAAGAAGAACCAACUCAAUAUUAUUUUAGCUGAUAACAUAUUUGGUAGAGUCGACGUGGCAGAAGUUUUCGAUCACAUCGAGGAUAUCAAUGAUCCAAAACAACCCUUGGCCAAUUUCAAAAAGGGUGAUGUUAUCGAUGUACGUAUUAUCGGUAACCACGAUGUCAAGAGUCACAAGUUCUUGCCGAUCACACACCAAGUCGGAAAAGGCACUGUUCUCGAGUUGACUGUAAAGCCUUCUAAGUUGAAAGGUAACGAAUUCAAAGCUAAAGACAUUGAAGACGUUAAAGUCGAUGAAGAAGUUCUUGGAUUCAUAAACAACCAUCUCAACAACAGCUUGUGGUUAACCGUGUCUCCACGCCUCAAAGCCAAAGUAUCUGCUCUGGACCUUGUGGAUGAUGGUGCCGAAUUAUCUGAUAAUCUUGAAGACAGUUUCCCACUUGGAACAGCUUUCAAAAUUAGAGUAACCGGCAUCGAUAAAGAACAUGCAACCAUUACAGCUACAGGUAGAUCCCAUUCCAUUAACAAUAUCAAGGACGCUCAACCAGGUACAAAGGUCCCAGCCCGUAUUCUGAAGGUGAACGAGAAGUAUGUCUUGUUGGACUUAGGUAGUGGUGUUAAGGGUAUUUCCUUUGCUACUGACGCUUUGGAUGAUUUCUCUAUUCCAUUGCCAGAGGCCUUCAAGGACAAGCAGAAUCAAAUCGUGUCAGCCACUGUUCUUUUGGUAGAUGAAGAGAAUUCAAGAAUCAAGCUCUCUUUACGCUCUCCAGCUGCCAAGACCCAUGCCAUUAGCUCUCAUGAAGAUCUAAAGAAAGGUGCUAUUGUUCAAGCCUUGGUUAAAGGUACGACUGAUAAAGGUGUUUUUGUUUAUUUGAGUUCAAAUCUGGAGGCAUUUGUUCCAGUUAGUAAGCUUUCGGACUCUUACAUCAAGGAAUGGAAGAAAUUUUACCAACCAAUGCAACAUGUCGUCGGUAAGGUUGUGAAUUGUGAUGACGACUCCCGUAUCUUGUUGACUUUGAGGGAAUCCGAAGUCAAUGGUGAUUUGAAGAUUUUGAAAGGUUAUGAUGAUAUCAAAGUCGGCGAUAUCUUCAAUGGGCAUGUUAAAAAUGUCACUGACUUUGGUGUGUUUGUUAAGUUAGAUGAUACUGUCAACCUCACUGGUCUUGCUCAUCGUACUGAAAUUGCUGAUGAAGCUCCUCAGGAUUUAAACUCUCUGUUUGGUGUUGGUGAUAGGGUUAAGGCUUACAUUACCAAGGUCAAUGCAGAAAAGAGAAAGAUCUCUUUAAGUUUGAAGGCAUCUCGUUUCUCUAAAGAAGAAGAUGUGAACAAUGCAGUUAGUGAGGCAAAUGAAGCUUCUGAAAGUGAAGACGAAGUCAUGGAAGGUGUUGACUAUAACCACAGUGAAUCGGAGGCUGAGCCUGAAGAAGAAGAUGAAGAACCUAAAAAGCCAAAGGUCUCCUCCGAUGGAUUAAGUUUAAGUGCCGAUUUCGACUGGACAGCCAGUAUUUUAGAUCAAACACAACCAGACGAAGAAUCAGAAGACGAAGAUGAAGAUUUCACGAAGUCUAACAAAUCCAAACGCCAAAGGAACAAGAAUAAGAUCGUUGAAGACAAAACUAUCGAAAUCAAUACUAGAGCACCAGAAUCUGUUGGUGAUUUCGAGCGUUUAAUUCUUGGUGAUCCAAACUCUUCAGUUGUUUGGAUGAACUAUAUGGCAUUUCAAUUGCAGUUGAGUGAAGUGGAUAAAGCAAGAGAAAUUGCGGAACGUGCAUUGAAGACAAUCAAUUUUAGGGAAGAACUCGAAAAAUUAAAUAUCUGGGUUGCUCUUCUCAACUUGGAAAACACAUUUGGUACCGAUGAGACUUUGAAUGAUAUUUUUAAGAGAGCUUGUCAAUACAUGGAUUCCUUCACUAUUCACAACAAGCUAUUAAGCAUUUAUCAAAUGAGUGAGAAAUUUGAUGAAGCCGCUGAUUUAUUCAAGGCUACUGCUAAGAAAUUCGGCUCUGAAAAGGUAUCCAUUUGGGUAUCUUGGGGAGAAUUCCUAAUUUCUCAAAACCAACCUGAAGAGGCUCGUGCAAUUUUGACGAGAGCUUUGCAAAUCUUGGCUAAGCGUAACCACAUUGAUGUUGUGAGAAAAUUCGCACAACUAGAAUUUAAUAAGGGUGAGCCAGAAAGAGGUCGUUCAUUAUUUGAAGGUUUGAUUGCUGAUGUUCCUAAGAGAAUUGAUUUGUGGAACGUGUAUUUGGAUCAAGAAAUGAAGACAGGUGAUAAGAAGAAAGUCGAGGAUUUAUUUGAACGUAUUGUUGUCAAAAAACUCACAAGAAAACAAGCUAAAUUCUUCUUUAAUAAGUGGUUACAAUUUGAGGAAACGCAGAACGAUAGUAAAGCUGAAGAGUACGUUAAGGCUAAGGCUAUCGAAUAUGCUGAAAAUCAUCCAAAGGCUAACGAAGAUUAG